AAUACAAUACUACAUUUCUCCAAUAGAUGUACCUACUUAUUUUCAGUUUCUUAUUGGAGAGCAGGAAUUUCUAGUUUUAUUUUUAUUCUGAAAUUCCUAAUAUAUCUUCAAGUUAAUAGUCGCCGGUAACUUUGUUCAUUCUUCUGAAAAAUCUUACUGAAGUUAUGGGGAGUGGGCGGUGAAUAGUUUAGUUUCGCCAGGCUAUUAUCGUUCUGUGGAAUUUUUAGAUAAGAAGAAGCAUCCUUCGUAGAUAAACUGCAGACAGAGUACACAUUCCGCCAUUACUGCAAUUAUUUUCUGCCAGUGUUGAAUUUCACUAAAAGAAGGGGAGUGUUCAUUUUACAUUUCGAAAGACAAAUAUUUGGAGACAAACCAAAAACUGACAUUCCAAUAGUCAUUAUAUUGUUAAUAUGAAAUCUUGUAGAAACUGCCGAAGAGAUACAAGUGGAGUGAAUAUUCUUUUGUUUUGUUGAAAUUAAUUCGUGGGGCCAAAAUUUUUCAAUAAUUUCUGUUGAAAAUUUUUUGUGAUAAGACUUUGAAAUAGCAAUUAUGGAGGCCGUUGCCAAACACGAAUUCAAUGCCACCGCCGAUGAUGAACUCAGUUUUAGAAAAUCGCAAGUUUUAAAAAUUUUGAAUAUGGAAGAUGAUAUGAAUUGGUAUAGGGCUGAAUUGGAUGGAAGAGAAGGUCUAAUUCCAAGUAAUUAUAUUGAAAUGAAACCACAUGACUGGUAUUACGGCCGAAUAACGAGAGCUGAUGCUGAGAAACUUUUGUUGAAUAAACAUGAAGGGGCCUUUUUAAUUAGGAUUAGUGAGACCAGUCCUGGAGAUUUUUCAUUAUCAGUCAAGUGUUCUGAUGGGGUUCAACAUUUUAAAGUUUUACGUGAUGCUGCAGGAAAAUUCUUUUUAUGGGUGGUUAAAUUUGGAUCUCUAAAUGAAUUGGUAGAAUACCAUAGAACGGCAACUGUUUCUCGAUCACAAGAUGUCAAGUUGAGAGAUAUGGUUGCUGAAGAAUGUUUAGUACAAGCUCUAUAUGAUUUCACACCUCAAGAAGUGGGAGAGCUUGAGUUCAAAAGAGGAGAUGUAAUAACUGUAACAGACAGUUCAGAUCAACAUUGGUGGCAAGGAGAAAUAGGACAUCGUAAGGGACUCUUUCCUGCUACUUAUGUUACGCCUUAUCAUUCAUAAAUCGAAGUAUACAAUGAAAAUUUUAAAAUUUCGCCAAUAUUUUGGAAGGUAUCGAAUUUUACUGAAUUUGAUUUUAACGAGUUACCUUAAAAAAG